CGUGAUAAUAUUGUCACACAUUAUUAAAUAGAUGAUAAACAUUCUUUCACUACCAGUAGUUGAGAUAAUUCGCUUGAAUCUAAAAUAAUGUUCAAGGCAGUGAAACAUUUUAACCAUGUUACUUUCCAAUUUCCAAUAGUGAAAAAAAUGUAUGCGAAUCAUCUGAGGAGAAUAAAGUGGCCAAAUCAUCCCCUAAGGAUUAUGGAUAUAGGAUGUGGUACUGGUAGAGUCCUUCUUGAGAUACUGGAACCACAACUUCCCAGACAUUAUUCUGAAAUAGUGGGUGUUGAUUUCAACCAAAAUAUGAUCGACGUUUGCAAUAAACUAGAAAGAGAUUCUCGUAUAACUUUCGAAGUUAUGGAUAUUGAAACGAAAGCCAUCCCGAAAAAAUUUUCGAAUAGUUUCGAUUUAGUUACUUCCUGUUUUGCUCUCCAUUACGUCAGAGAUUUGAGACGUGCCCUUGUUAACUGCAACAACCUACUGAAAGUAAAAAGUGAAUUGGUUCUCAUAUUUUCAUAUGUCGGUAAUCCAUUAUAUGAGGUUUACAAGACAAUGUCUAGUAUUGAAGAAUGGAAUCCUUACACCAAAGGAUUUCAGAAUUAUGUUCCUCUAUUCAGUCCAACCAAUCCAUUGCAAGAAUUGAAACUGAUAUUCAAUGAAUGUGGUCUCGAUGUUUUGGAAAGUGAAUUGAAUCAUGAUCCUUAUGAAUCAGUGAGUGAAAAUUUUUUGGCUCUAUUCGCUUCAGUGGAUUUUAUAUAUCCAACAAUACCAACUAACAAGAAACAAGAAUAUGAGAAGGAUUUCACUAAAAUAUUCGCUAACAUAGCUGGACUUAGUUUCGAAGAAAAAGAUUUGAAGAAAAAAGCACAUAUGUAUUUUCCUGCUAUAACAGUUCGUGGAAGAAAACUAAGAUGAAAUUCAAUGUUAUUUCAUAACUAAUGUGUGAAUUUUUAUUUAAUUUUUAAUAUUGGUGAGGAAUUAUUGAAUGUAGGUAAUCAAAAUGCUGUACAUACUUAAAAAUAAACUUUAUUCAAUUA